CCAGAUACAAGAGUCCCACUCUCUGAAUUUCGCGCAGACUGCACCAUCGUCACCCCGCAUUUCUCUACGCGUAUACAACAUUCAUCUGCAGUCGGUUACUAACUACGAUAAUCAGAGUCUACAGUGUUGUGUUUACUCCGUUGAUUCGGUUGCUUAUAUUUUGUACGUUCGCGAGGUCGAUCACCGCCGACAAGAUGUUGCUGAUACAGCCUUCGGAGGAGAUGUCCAAACAGAUCCGGGUCGAGUUGAACGAAGACCCGACAACCCGGCAAGCCGAUCUUGCGACCAUAAAAGAAUGGCUGGCUAAGCAGCCUCAUCUACCGACUUUCGAUGACGACAAGAGGCUCAUGACCUUUUUACGAGGUUGCAAAUUCUCGUUGGAAAAAUGCAAAAGAAAACUCGACAUGUACUUCACGAUGCGAUCCGUGGUGCCGGAAUUUUUUUCCCAGAGGGACGUCACCAGGCCAGAGAUGAGAGCUGUCACGGAUGUGAUCCAAGUUCCUCCGUUGCCUGGUCUGACGAAGUCCGGACGUCGGGUGGUGUUGAUGAGGGGAAUCGACAAGGACAUCAGUACGCCGAACGUGGCGGAGGCCAUGAAACUGGUGAUGAUGAUCGGGGACAUCCGUCUCACGGAGGAAAUAACCGGAGUCGCCGGCGACGUCUAUAUACUGGACGCUUCCGUUGCCACCCCAACGCAUUUCGCCAAAUUCACGCCCGCCAUGGUCAAGAAAUUUCUGGUUUGCGUACAGGAAGCUUAUCCGGUCAAACUGAAAGAAGUCCACGUAGUCAACGUCAGUCCGCUGGUCGAUACGAUUAUAAAUUUCGUCAAACCUUUCCUCAAGGAAAAAAUCAGGAACAGGAUAUUCGUACACAGCACAUUCGACACCCUCUACGAACACGUGUCCAAAGAUAUCCUGCCCACCGAAUACGGCGGCGACGCUGGACCCAUCCAAGCCAUCCACGAGGCUUGGAUAAAAAAGUUGGAAGAAUACGGCCCCUGGUUCGCCGAGCAAGAAUCCGUAAAAACGAACGAGGCUCUUCGCCCCGGAAAACCAAAGACGCAAGAUGACCUCUUCGGACUGGACGGUUCCUUCCGUCAGCUGGUCAUCGACUAGAUUCGCGGACUUUUCUCUCUAUCUCUGUUUACCCUCACCUCCUUUUAUAUAUAUAUAUCCAUUUCUUCUCUUCUUCACGCCUUCGAUCGAUCGCGACUCAUUUAUCCUCCAAUUACGAAUAAAUGAAUUUUAUUAAAUAACUCUCGCCGGAUCGAUGCAACGUCAAUUCGUACGCACGCACGUCUGUUCCAUUUAAUUUUUAGAAUUACCUAAUUAAUAUAAUAUAUUUCGUUAUUUUUAUCGCACUUAUAAUAUUUA